CUUGCAGGCGCCCGCCCCAGGAGAGCCUGCUGCUAGUUCAGGUCUCCUCACGUCUCUGGCGGGGCGGGAGGAAGGGGAUCCCUGCUGCUCCAGGCCGCCCGCAAGGAGGCAGAAAGCAGCCCCGUGGCCAUGGAGGUGCCGGCCGGUUGUGCUGACUUCCCCGACCUGAAGGACCUGGAGAGCAAAGUCGGACAGAAGCCCCCAGACGGGCUGCUGCGUUGGCUGCGGGAAGACCCGGCUGCUCAUCUUCUCCCCAGCAGCCCCAGCCGCGGCCUGCGCCAAGGACUCGGGGAGAAGAUCAAGGCGCUGAAGCUGGAACUGGCCUACUUGAGAGCAAUAGAUAUCAAGAUCCUGCAGCAGUUAAUGGCUGUGAAUGAAGGUAUUGAGGCAGUCAAGUGGCUACUAGAAGAGAAAGGAAUGCUGACCAGCCACUGCAGCAGCCUCACCAGCAGCCAAUACAGCCUGGUAGAGAGUCAAGAGACAUCUCGGCGGGGCAGCUGGAACAGCCUUCAAGACCCCAAUGACAAGUUGGAUAGUAUCUCCAUUGGCAGCUAUUUGGACACACUUGCUGAUGAUAUGGAUGAGUAUGGACAAGGCUCUGGUAUAGAGCCUAUGAUGACGUCCACACCAGGCAUACCAGUGGCCAGAGUUGAAAAGACUGACCCAGACCAGGCCCUUCCUACAAAGAUGUUAAUCAAAGAACAGGACAAAAGCAAAGGGGAUCAGGAGAAAGCCCAUAGUUUGGUUAAAAACCAAGGAGUUAGUGAGCAAAACAAAACUGCCGGACAGCCACCAGCAGUAACCAAUGGGGUUUUGGGCAGACGAAUUCCAGAGCUGGAGCAGGACGCUGAGGCUAAAUUCACUUCCGCAGUUGCAGAUACACCAACUAAAGGUAGCCCUGCAGCAAGAGCCUUCAGAAACAAAACAGUUGACUUGGAGAACUGCAAGUUGAACAGCAGGUUGUACCUGGAAUAUGAUGCUCAUUGGCAGUGGGUUCAGUCUCAAGAUGAUGUGACGUUCUUGUAGCCUGCAGGAUCUUCUGUCUAGAUUAUCAGCUAUAGAUUCAGGGCCUCUUAAAAAAAGUCGUUUGCACUUUUGACUUGAAGCACUACUGUUCUUGCCAAAAUGUCAGUUUUUGCUGACUAAGUAGGCUGGGUGGAACACAAUAUGUGGUAUUAAUCUUCUUUGAAAUGCCAUUAAUCUUCCCCAAAAUGGUGUCAUAUCAAGUGAUGGCAUAUCUCUGAGGGAGAAGUCCUAUGGCUUCCUAUUGUCACAUCCCUUAGCCUUGUGCAAUAAUGGAAGAGUCACCACUUUCUGUAGAUGUGUGGUCAAUAAAUUGCACAUAGCUGUUU